AUGCUUAGGUCACAAAUUAUACAAACCAGAUCAUUUACAUCAAUAACCAGGAAUUUAUCAUGGUUUGGUGAUAUUUUCGGUAAGAAUAAAUCAUCUAUUGAAUCCAAGCAAAAACGACAAGAUAUAAUUACUAAACAAGAUGAAUUAAUUGAAUCUAAUUCUAUUAAAAUUCAUCAUUUAACCUUUAAAAAUUCUGAUAAAUAUCAAUCAUUUAAUAUUGAAUCAGAUAUGCCAAAUUUCCAUAAAUUGAAAAAUUGGAAAUUUCAAAAAUCUUUAACUCCAGAAAAUUAUGAAACAUUUUAUUCUGAUAAAUCAAUUUUACAAAAUAUAAUUAAUCAAGAAUUGAAAAAUUUCAUUAAACAAGAUCAAGAAAUCAAUAGAGAUAAUUAUAAAGAUAUAAAAUUGGAUGAUUUACAAUUUAGAUUUGAAAUUGUUAAAUCAUUACAAUCUAAAUUAGGAAUUGAUAUAAAUGAUUACAUAAUUAGUAAAAGUCAUGAUUUACAAAGUUUAUAUGAAGAAAUUGAAAAAAUUGUUAAUAAAAGAUGGAAAAAUGAAAGAAAUCCAAAUGCUAUUGUUUUAAGACCUGAAGAUUUUGAUGCUGAUAAUAUUUAUUUAAAUCAAGAACGAACUGAUUAUGAAAAAAAUUUACAACUUCAAAAAUUGGUUCAAAAAGUGAAAAUUUCUCAAUCUCAACAAUAA